AUGGCAGAAUCCAUGGAGAAAGCUCCAAGUACAUAUGCCGGUCGUAACAAUCCUGGCAUCAACUCUCCGCCAAAGAGAAAACCGCCAAAGCUCAGAAGGAACUUCCCCCCUGUUGUUGAACCGUCUGAAAAAGACGCUGAAUCCACCAAGGACCCCGACUCUAGACAGGUCUCCCGUGAUACUAACGGGGACGUGACAAGUACUAGCCACGAGUCGACUGUGGAUGAGGAGUAUGUUAGAGAGCAAGAGUCUGCCACAACCGAAACGGAACCUCGAGGCGGUGGUCAGACAGCACAUCAGCCUUCAGCCAAACAAACCGCCGUGAUUGAUCGCCCGGAAACUGCCCCUGUCGAAAAUUGGCAGAGGCGGGUACGCGGUAGGCGUGGAACCCAGCAAUUAGUUCCGAUAGGUGAUAUUACCGAUGUCGGCAAGACAGCAAAUAGGGCAGUGGGUACCGUUCACGAUGUGGGCUCGAAAGCUAUCAGUUCAGCGGGUAAUACAGCCGGUAGAGCCUUGGGGGAAGUGGUUGGAGUAUCCCAGGGUGAGCAGAAAGGCAAGGAGGAGCAGCUGAGGUUACGGCUAGAUUUGAAUCUGGACAUUGAGGUGCAGCUCAAGGCAAAAAUACAUGGCGACCUCACUCUACAGUUGCUGUAA